AUGCUCGGUCUCGUGUUGCUGCGCCUUCUACUGGCUGUAUCGCUGGUGAAUGUUGCCCUCGCCGUGGAUCUCCCCAUACUCUACCCUUUGCACAAGCUCAGUCGUCGCCCCAAGCUCGAAGAGGGUUUUAUCUCCCAACGUCCCACCUGGUGGCAACACCCCGGAGACGGCGUGCUGUGGGAUCAUGGCGACGAGGGCCACCGCGACUUUAGACCAAAGGUCAACAUCACCUGGUUGCGGGUGCCCACGAAAUCAAACCGGGUCGUGGAACGGGCUUUUAUCAAAGUUGUUCAAAAUCACUGGAGAACCAGGUCCUACCAGGCUUAUCCUUGGCCAAGCGGUUUCGUUCUCCCGUUGCUUCGCAUGCGGGGCAAAGAAGCCCACGGCACCAGCAAUAUCCUGAUCCUCCCGGACGGGCCAGGAAUCGGAGGGACGAAGAUGAUCGAGGAACAGGGCGAUGAGCUGUUCCAGUACGUUGGGGAAAAGUACAACCUGGUCGGCUUCGACGCUCGUGGCACGGGGUCAUGCGACCCGACAAUCCGGUGCCCUCGUCACGCAUGGCGCAACUACCCCAAAGCAUUCUUGAGUGAAGAGUAUCCCGAUGUCGGCCGCGAGGCCUAUAGCUUUGUCAGAUUGUGCGCCUUCGCGGGCGGACCACACUACUUUUUCGUCAACACGCCGCAAACCGUUGAAGACAUCAACUCCAUUCUGUUGGGUCUAGGACAGCCCAAAGCGAACCUCUGGGGGUUCGGCUACGGCACCAUCGUGGCCCAGUCCUACGCCACGAGGUGGCCUGAAAAUGUUGGUAGGAUGGUCUUUGACAGUACCUCUGAUAUGGAUCAAUGGUACAAGAAGAAGUACCACGAAACGCGAUAUCAAGAUACAGACGCCGUGUUUCAGGCGCGGCUCGGAGACUGUGUCGACCUGGGGAGCGACUGCCCCCUCUCCAAGUACGGGAAUAGCUCAGAAAGUUUGAAGACUGCGAUCCUGGCCUUUGGCAAAAAGCUCGCCCUGGGAAGCUACGCGUUUGGGGAGGAAGCCAACUUCACCUACAACCACAUGAUGGUGUGGAUAUUCGGAAGCCUGGGCACCAGAGCAAAGUUCCUGGAGAUGGCUCGAUAUCUCGCCGAGUACAUGGAGAAAGACGUUGGCGAGGAAGUCGUGGUCAUCAAGGCUCCAGAGAUUGGGCUCCGCCGAGAAUCGGACGCCGCCAUAUUCUACCAGUGCAACGAUGGGAAGAGCGGCAGCAAGCACGAUUAUCCUCGAGGCGCCCAGAAGAUGAAUGAUGAGAUGGCGCGGUACGUCAACAGCUCGUUGUUUGGCAUGCACUCGAUGCCGCUCUACCACGUCAAGCGGUUCUGGAACGAUCUCAAGCAAUACCCGUACGAGUGGAUUAUAGAGCCGAUUGUUUGGGUCCCCUUCCCCCCGCUCCUGAUGUGCAAUACCAUGGAUCCCUUCACGCCGCUCAGCUCGACCAGGGCUGCCCGCAUCAGAUGGCCCACCUCCCGGACUAUCCAGCUCACCACGUUCGGGCAUCCCGCUAUCGAUAUGGUGUCGGAAUGCGCCAAGAAGCAUCUUCGGAAUUACUGGAUCAGGGGCAUCGUGCCCCAUAGCGACGUGCUGUGCGACGCGGAGGAGAAACCAGUGGCGAAGAGGGGGAACGAGGAGGAGUGA